AUGCAGAUGAGAGACAGCAACGACACGGCGCAACGAGACAACAAGUCCAAACUGAAGAGUAUAGAACAGAAUUUGAGUACGAAAGAGAUGAUGAAAGUUCAAAAAGCCAAAGAGUUUGAGCUAAAGCUGGAGAAGCUUCGCAAGUUGCGAGAGCAGGAUGCCGAACGCAUCAAGGUGGCAAAGGUCCAAGAUUUGGAGCUCGAUCCACUGGUGAAUCAUAAUUGGGACACAAUUUCUGUUGUCAUCAAUGGCCUGGUUUUUACAGAGGAGGUUGUCAUUGGUCAGUCGCUGCCGGACAAUCAGCCGAUUCGACUGUAUGGCGAAAUUGAUGCUCAGGUGCGUGGCUGCAAGUGUUUGACAGUGUUGGGUGCCGUGGUUGACUUCAAGCCGCCGUUUGUGGAUUUGUUGUUAACUGACUUAAGCAUGACCCUUGCUCAUGGACUCAAACCUGCCACCGACCUUUUCAAGACCGUUGAGUUUUGUGCUGGACUUGGUGCCACCGGUGUUGGACUUGCUGCUGCUGGUUUUGACUUGGCGUGCAGUGUUGAGUGGCGUUCCCCCCUUGCUGCUGUCCAUGAAACUGUGCACCCCACCGUCCCGGUUAUCGUUGGAGACAUCACUGAGUUGGACUGCCUCAAACAGGUUGCUGCUCUGGUGGACUCUCCGUUCUGCCUCACAGCCGGAAUCAGCUGCCAGCCAUACUCCAUCGGAGGAGCUCACAUUGGCAGCACUGACGAGAGAUCAAGUACUCUGCCAGCGACCAUUCGUGCUUGCUACCUUUUUCAAUGCCCGCUCCUGAUCCUGGAGUGUGUACCGCCAGUCCGUACCAACCGGUACGCGAGAUCCCUUCUUAUGGCUCUUGAGAGGGAAUUAGGGUACCAUUUGACUGAGGUCACACUGCGCUUAGAGGACACAUGGGCAUCGCGCAGGUUCCGUUGGUGGCUUGUUGCGACACAUCCAUCACUUGGCAAGGUUUCCAUCCCUGACUGGCCACAAGCUCCAGGUUUGGUGGUUCGUGAUCUGAUGCCUGUCAUUCCCUCUUGGCCUGACGAAGUCAUUGAGGAGCUGCGACUGAAACCCCAUGAAACAAGCAUGUUCACGUUGGAUGGAUCACACAUGAGGAAGUAUGUGUUGCAACUUGAUCAGAAGAUGCCGACGUGUUUGCAUAGCUGGGGGAGCCCUGCAGAUCCCUGCCCAUGCACCUGCCGAGCAGAGCCUUUCAGUGAAGCGUUGAUCAAGAGCAGGGGCAUUUAUGCAGUUGUGGUCCCAAUUCCAUCAACCACCGGAGAACCCCAGUAUCGGCAUUUGCACCCUGCUGAACUUGCUGUCUUGAAUGGACUUGUACCUCCCGAUGUUUGGACUUCUCCACAUCACCCAUCACUGCUUGGACUCCCUGCACCAACGUUGACACCAACCAGUGCCUUGCAGCAGAUGAAACAGCAGCUGUAUGAGGCUGCCAAAGCCAUGUUUCUCAGCGUGCCCACCGUUGCACCCACGAUCACAGAUCCAGAAGACACCGAGGUUGUCCUUUUGCCCCCAUCAGAGGUUGUACUUCUGUAUGCUGACGCCACUCAGGUCCGUGUCCAGGUGUCUCCUGAAGCCACUGUUGCACAGUUGCGCCAAGCAGAUGAUGCCUUGCAAGGAGUUGAUGACGGAAAGUGGAUCGAUGCUGUCACAUGCUGUGCAUUGUCAGGUGACGACACUGUCAGUGGAAGGAUCAUCCGAGUCUGUGCAUCACCGUCCAGUGAACCCAUGUCAGAGCCAGCCAUUGAUCCCAAUGAGCUUGAACGUGAGUUACCGUUGGUCCCUGUCGGUCCCUUGGUUGUCACUCCAGCGUCCACGCCCAGCCCAGCUGAUGCCAUUGAGCCCGCCAGUCAGUCAGCCAUCAAGCGCCAUUGCACUGUUGAUGUUCGUUUGCCCAGUGACGCGUUGCACGGCUUUUUGGACUUGUCUGGAGAGCAGUUGGCUGCCUUGAUUCCCCCGUUGGUUGUCACAGCUGAGCAUUGUUGCGCCUUACGCAAGGCCACGACCACCAGCACCAUGCGUCUGCAGAUCCUGCAAAACCAAGGAGCUGCUAUGGCAGAUGAUGAGUUACACCUUCAUGUGUUGUCUUGUGUGCAACUCACUGGCCGCUUGGACUUGGCCUUCUUGGACCCUUUGCUUGCCACUGGAUGGCUUCGGUGCGGUACUGUUGGCCAAGUCAAGGCAUGGAUGCACAGUGUCCCGCAUGCCACGUCCAUUGUCAGUGUUGUCUUGCUUGAUGGCCAUUGGAUUCCAAUCAUGUGGUCACGUGGUUUGAGUGAGGUCCGUGUCACAAUGUGGGAACAUGAUGAUGUGUCUAUCGAGCCCCUCUGCCCUUUGCAUGGACUCAUCAGCCAAGCUUGGGAACGACCCAUGUUCUCCCUGGCAUGCAACCGUCGAUCCUUUGCCAGAGAUCACUGCGGUGCUGCGUCGGUCUGUUUUCUAGGCCAUGUCUUACUCAACAAGCCUUUGCCUGUCCACGCUGAGGACCUUUUGCGCAUCCAUGAGGAACUAAGGAGCAGUUUUGGUGCAGCCCUUGGACUUUUGACAGAUGUGCCCAAGCCAUGGGGUUGGGGCCUUGGUGUUCCCGAUGUUGUUGGUCUUGUCUCCAACUUGCUGCAGCUCCAUGGUGUCCCACAUGCCCAGUGUCAGUUACGUGCCAAGAUGCUGAUCCAAAGCUUGGGCAAGACGGAAGUCCAAAGUGCUGUCACAGGAAUCACGCCGUGGAAGUCUCUGAAGAUUUUGGCCAAUGCACACAAGCCAGUGAUCCAGCUCGUGCUGCCUGAUGAGCAAGCUCAGUUUGCAGCAUCCAAACAAGCAUCCGCCCCGCAAGCCAAGAAACAGCCAGGAGGUACCAAGCGCCUUACGCCAGCCCGACCAGCUGAGUUGGACCCUGCCAAGCUGGUCAUUGACCAAGGAGCCUUUUGUGUAGAUUGUGAUGAGCCUCUCAUGCGGACACCAUUCAAUGCUCUCGGCCCGCUGUCAGUAGGAGUUGCACUUGCCACGUUCCAAGAUGCCAAGCCAUUUCUGGAUGCAGGUUCCCUGUUGUCAUCUGGUGGACUCGCCAUGCUGAUCAUCAACCCUCCUGCUGAUUUUGCCACGUCGCUGCAAUGGUCCUCCUUGCGGUUUGCUGCCAGGUGUGCUUAUAACCAGGAGCCCAUGUUGCUGUCAGGUGCACUUGUCCAGCUUGGCCGUAAGACCGUAUAUCAGUACAAGGCGAAGAAUGUCCCAGCCAUCAUGUCAGUUGAGGUUGCUUGCGCCAGGUUCUUUGGUGAAAAUGGCCGUCCUACCAAGUGGGACAAAGCAGACUACUUUGCUGUCCUGAUCAGGUAUGUGAAGUGUUUGGAGCCUGCAGUUCUUGCAUUGAGCGGCCGCUGUGGCCUUUUCGUUGAACCCAAAACCGAGGAUGCAAUGCAGCCACAUGGUGACUACCAGGUCAUCUGGUUACCCAGCUUGGACUUUGCCACGGUGUCUCACAAGGCCAAAAUCGAGGCUCACUGUCUUGGAAUUGCCAGGUCAGGACGACGCUAUGGACUCCGCGUCAAAGCCCAGCAUUUUCAAGAGGUCUUUGCAAGUGUCAAACCUGAAGCAGUCUUCCUUGCUCCUGGGUCGAGGAUGACCUACCACACCGGCCCAUGGCCGUAUGGAUGCGACAGAAAGAGCAUCGCUCGCGCACUCAAAGCGGCAGGCUGGGAAGCUAGACCUUUGCAACCACUGCAGAAUGUGCCGGGUGGUCUUGUCUGGUCAGUCCAAGCAGUUUGCGAGCCCCCAACCAAUGUGCUCGCCAUGCAGCAUGGGCAGGUCGUUUUGACACGCCAUGACACAAAGCCAGCACCAGCUGAUUUGCAGCCCAACGUGGUGGGUCAAGAAGCCACUGUGCGCAUGUGCUCCACCAUGUCUACUACAGAGACGGAUCCGUGGCUCACGCAUGACCCGUGGAAGAAGGCCAUAGCUGCAGCCCCGCAGCCACCCGUGCCUGCUCCAACUGCCAAUGCCUUGCAGGAGUUGGAAGACCGAGUCGAGCGCAGCAUCUUAGCCAAGCUGCCCCAGCAGAAUGAGGGUAUGGAGGUGGACGACCAGGACCAGCGCAUCGCACAGCUCGAGCUGCAGCUGCACCAGUUAGCUGGGCGCCAGACCCAGCUUGAAGCCACUGUCUCUGACAACCAUGCCCAGCAGUCCGCCCAGGUCCAUAACCUCCAACAGCAGAUGCUUGUGCAGAUGGACCAUCAAUCAAAGCAGAUGCAGACGAUGCUGACAGACCAGAUGAGCAGGAUCGAAACGAUCCUAUCCAAGAAGAGCCGAACAGAGGCCUUUUUCCUCGCCUUUUUGUUUUUGCAGACUUGCCGCGUUGGUGAAGCUCGAAAGCCUGGCCCCAACACUGAUCCGACUUGGAGCAUCGGGAUUUGCAAUCCCUCUGGAUUGCAAGGGAAGUAUCAGUUGGUUAGCGGUGUUGAUGCCAACAUUCUGGCCAUCAGCGAGUCUCAUUUGACCAAAAGAUCCAUGCACAAUUUUGACCUCAGCCUUCGGGCGAUGCAUUCACGUUUCACCAGAGUGAUCACUGGUGCCCCUUUGGCACCUCGUUCCCACAGUAGCGAUGCUGGAGGAUAUGCUGGGGUAGCAUUCACCUCCACGUUCCCCUGCAGAACUGUCGCUGUCCCAUGGCCUGCUGAUGCAUAUGAGUCCAGCCGUGUUCAGAUUGGUUCUUUCUUCAGCCCAGCAGGAUGGGUCACAGGCUCCGUGGUAUAUGGCUACCCAGCCGGGAAAACACAUGUGGAUGCCAAGGCGAAGACAGAGCAGCUUUUGGAUUUUGUCUUUAGUCACUUGCAGGCCGUGCCAGGUCCCCGCUUCUUUGCCGGUGAUUGGAAUUUUGAGAUUCAUGAGCUUGCCUUGGUUCCUCUCUUGCGUGCGGCUGGCUGGGUUGAAGUGCAGGACCUUCUGCAUAGCCGUACUGGUGCCCCGGUGCAAUUGACUUGCAAGGCAGCCACAAGAAAGGACUAUCUGUGGUUGUCCCCAGAACUUGCGUUGGCCUUCAUGGAUUUGCACUUGGACUUUGAGACCUUUGCUGACCAUGCAGUGCUUGUUGCCCAGUUCCACGGCGGAAUCCAUCACAUGGAACGUUUUGUUUGGCCUUGUCCGAAACCUGUCCCAUGGCAACAGGUCCCCGAGCCCCCUGGCGCUUUGGACUUUCAAGCCCCAGUUGACCCUACUGCCCAAUACGCUGCCCUGUGGUCUUCCCGUGAAGCUGCUGCCAAAACUGCACUUGCUGGCGACUGGCUCCCCAGUAUGCGAGGCCGAGGCCAACAAACCAAGCCAAGGCGAGUUGUGAGCAGACCUGCACCGAUCAAGCAAGGUCGCAGCACUGAUGUCCAGCCACACUUCUUUGGGUUUUCCGUUGUGCACACCCAGAGGUUCAAACAGGUGAGAAGGUUGCAAAAUUAUUGUCGAUGGGUUGACAAUCAUGCCAAUGGCCACUCCUCGGAUCCAUCUCAUGGAAUUGACCUGUGGAAUUCUGUUCUGCGUGCCCCUGGUUUUGCCCCUACUUUCGCUCAGUGGUGGCCCCAUCGACUGUAUGUCAGCCCAGCGGACCCUGUCGACAUGCCAGCGUACUGUCCUCCUCCUUGCGUUGCCCAUCACAUCUUCGAUGCGGUCCUUGCUGAAGUCCGUUUGUUUGAACAGCGGUUGAACCAGAUGCGUGCUGCCCACCGGAUCCAACAACACAAGAUGGAUCGCAACCUUGUCUUUCGGGAACUUGCCCGACCUCAGGCAGCACCAGUUGAGUCUCUCCUUCACCAGGUGUCGGGAGUUGUGGAGUCGGUUGAUGUUGAUGAAAGUGCCAUUGAGUUGAAAGCUCCAGUCAAUGUCAGAGCUGACCUCACCCUGUGGGUUGGCGGUGCUCCUAAAUCUGUCAUCCAUGCGGAAGCUGACAAGGUGUGGAUUGAUGAUGUCACAGAUGUCAAAGCAGAUGCAGUCAUGACCCAGUCUGAGCCUGUUGGUGAUUUGGCCACCAUUUUUGAUGCUUUCCACACCCAGUGGAAACAGCGCUGGUGCCGGCAUGACAACACUUCGUUCCGCCAGUGGGACCAGCUCCUUGGAUUUGCCCAACGGAUCAUGCAUCCCACCCCCAUCCCCCACCUUGUUGUUGAUGUUGACCUACUUAGGGCAGAAGUGCACCGGAAAAAGAAAACCGCUGCCACGGGGCUGGAUGGUGUCAGCAGACAAGACCUCAUCCAUGCUGACCACCACACGCUCCAGAGCAUCACAAAUGCCUUCGCCCGUGCCGAGACGGAUGGGGAGUGGCCAUGCCAGCUUUUGGCCGGCAAAGUCCAUUCGUUGGCCAAGCGCCCUGACGCCAGUGGCCCCAGCGACUAUCGCCCAAUCACUGUCUUUGGUUUGGCAUACCGUGCCUGGUCCAGCCUUCAAUCCAGACAUCUGCUUCAUUGGGCUGAAGAGUGGGUCGAUCCUGGAGUGUACGGCAACAGAAAAGCCCGACAGGCCUCUGACCUUUGGCAUUGGCUGCUUUUGCAGGUUGAAACUGCCUACAGUACGGGCCAACCAAUUUGCGGGGUCUCAGCGGAUUUGGAGAAAUGCUUCAACUGCAUUCCACGUUACCCAGCGCUGUGCCUGGCCAUCCUUGCUGGGACACCUGCCUCGGUCACUACUGCUUGGGCUGGUGGACUUGCCCAGAUGAAGAGGCAUUUCAAAGUCAGGGAAUCUUUCUCUGCUGGCUUCCUCACCUCAACUGGACUUGCCGAGGGUUGUGGACUCAGUGUGUACGGGAUGCUCCUUGUCGAUCAUCUGUUCCACAAAUGGAUUUCCUUCCAGUGCUCCCCUGUCCGUUCGUUGUCGUAUGUUGACGACUGGCAUGUCUUUACCUGGGACCCUCAGUCCGCCCUGCGUCAGUUGGACUUGGUUGUCGAAUUUGCCACCAUGUUGGACUUGUCCGUCGACCGCCGCAAGACGGUAGCCUGGUCAACUGACCCCAACCUCCGUCAGCUGCUCCGUUCCCAACAGGUUACCGUUGUCCACCAUGCCAGGGAGUUGGGCGGCCACUUUGGGGUGUCCCGGCAAUACACAAGCAAAACAGUGGCACAGCGAAUUGAAGCUUUGGAAGACCUCUGGCCCAAACUUCGCAUGAGCAAGGCCAGAUACCAUGCCAAGGUAUACAUGCUGCGUGCAGUGGCCUGGCCGAGAGGUUUGCAUGCAAUUGCAAGUGCUCCCAUCGGAGACAACAUCUGGACUGAGCUCCGCCGCCGAGCCACGCAUGCGCUCGGGCUGCAGCGCCCUGGUGUCAACUCCUGUGUCUUGUUGGGCCUUGUCGAACCGUGCACGGACCCCCAACAUGUUGCCCUCCUUUGGACUUGCCGUGCUGCCCGAGCUGUUUGUGACUUGGAUUUUUGGUCUGUGUCGGUUGCCUGUGCUGCUCACGGUGAUGUUGACUUGCCACCCAAUUCGGUCGCCUCCAUCCUCCUCACCCGGAUCCACCAGGUUGGGUUCACGAUUGACCGUCAAGGUUAUGUCAGUGAUCAGUUUGGCCGCUUCUCCCUGCAUCACACCAACUCAGCAGAAGUCGAGCUUCGACUGACAUGGGGAUGGUACCGAUAUGUUGCAGCGAAGGUGCAUCACCGUGCGGAGUUUCAUGGCCUUUGGUUAGCAGAUGUUGCUCACACCAGGCGUGCUCUUGCCAGUCUUGGUGCAGAUGACCAAGCGAUGCUUCGUUUUGGCCUGGUCGGAGGCCUGUUCACCGAAUCGUACAAGGCCAAGUGGGCUUCUCAGCCAGACACUUGUCGCUGGUGCGGCCAAAAGGACACCCUGAGUCACAGAUACUGGGAGUGCAUACAACAUGCUGACCUGCGCCAAUCCCUGGCCCCAGAUGUCGUGCCAAUUUGGACUCAGCUGCCCCCGGCUCUGACGCUACGUGGAUGGGCUCUUGUUCCCCCUACCUGGCAACAAUGGAUUUCUACUCUUGCGGCCUUGCCUGACCAAGUCCUUCCCCCGGCCCAACCUCUUGGUCUUGAGGGUUGGAAUGAUGUGUUCACUGAUGGCUCUUGCCUGUGGCAGUCAGCUGCCUGUUACCGACUUGCUUCCUGGGCUGUUGUUCUUGCCCCCCCCUGUCAGUCGUCAUGGACUCCCGAGGCGACUACGGUCUUGUGUGCGUCUGCGUUGGCGGGUGUUUGUCAGACUGCGUUCCGUGCAGAAGUUUAUGCUGUUGCGUAUAUUUUGCAUUGGGCUGCCAAUACCGGUGCAGCAGUUCGCAUCUGGUCUGACUGUUUAGGGGUCGUGAACAAGGUGAAGUUGGCGUGCAAACGACAGUUACGGGUUGCAAUCAACAGACCGAACAAUGACUUGUGGCAAUGGAUUGUUGAGUCUAUUGAACAGUUGGGCCCCGAGAAGGUACAGAUCCGGAAGGUUGCGGCUCAUCGCACUCUGCAAAGUGCAACGAAUACAGUUGAUGCGUGGGAGAUUUUUCACAACAACUACGUUGACAAUGCAGCGAAGCUGGCCAACCAUGCAAGGCCAGAACAAUUUUGGCGACAGUGGGAAACACAUGUCCAAGAGACUCAGGUCGCUCACAAUUUGGCUCAGCAGGUCCAAGCAUUGCAUGUUGCCGUCGGUCGCAGGCAUGUCCGUGAGGACACAGCAGAUGAUCGUCAGGAGGUUCCGACUACGAGGGUCACCCGAGAGUUUGCAACAGCUUUUGGUUUUGGACAGUGGCAUGGCCAUGCGUUUCCACAGACGUCCAGGUUGUUUGGUGGUACGCAUGUGGCAAGGGUGGUACAAUGGUUUCAAGCCCGCACAGAAGGCGUUCCGUUGACAGAUGUUCGAUGGGUUUCAUUUGCGCAAUUGUACUUGGACUAUCAGAUGUGUUGGGGGCUCCCAGGUCCACUUCGUGUUCAGAACCAAUGGGUGGACAUCCAGAUGAGACCCUAUCUUACAACAGCUGGUUUUCCAUUUCGCAAACAGCUCAAAUGGUUCCGCCAACUGCUCAAAGCCAUGUGGAAGGAAUCCGCCAUGGUUGUGGGAAUGGCUCAGUGUCGACCAGACACACCAAUGAUCACUGCUUUUGUGCAGAGUGCAUCGGUUCCUUGGGCGUCACAUGCACUCACCACUGUUGAUAACUGGCUUGCAAAGCAACUUUCCCGACCAUGUUCCAGAGAUGCUGGAGCCCUGGCGACACUGCCCGCGGCUGCGAGGUGCCCAGGGAUGCAAGUGUAG